AUGAAAUUUGCUGUUCAGGCUCUAAACGACCAAGCUCUCAGAGCAUAUAACAAUCUUCUUUCAGUUAUAAGUAGACUAAAUCUUGAUAUAAAAACACAAUUAUUACUGUUUGAUUCUCUUGUAGUCCCCAUACUUCUAUAUGGCUCAGAAGUAUGGGGAGUAUAUAAUUAUAAAGAAAUUGAUAAACUUCAUUUUCGUUUUUGCAAGAGAAUUCUUGGUGUUAGAACCCAGACAUCAAAUGCUGCUGUGCUGGGUGAGCUUGGUCGCUUUCCAUUGUCUGUAUUAUGUAAAGAGCGAGCAUUGAAACAAUGGUUAAAGAUAAUGAAAUGUCCAGGUUCACUUAUGUAUAACAUUUUUUCAGAAUUAAAGUCAUCAGAAAAUCGAAAUUCAAAUAAUUCCUGGACUUUGUCUACAGAAUUUUCUUUUGAAAAAUAUUUGACGGUGUUAGAUAAAAGUUCCUGUAGACAAACAAUGUCUCGAUUUAGAUUGUCGUCCCAUAAUUUAGAAGUUGAAAAUGGUAGAUUUGUUGGAAUUGAUAGAAACGAUCGUAUCUGUAAAAUGUGUAGUACUCAUGUUGAAAACGAAUAUCAUUUUUUACUCUGUUGUCCUAUUUACAGAGAGUUGCGUAAAAGAUAUUGUAUAAACUAUUCCUUUCCUACUCUAAAUAAAUUUCAUUUUCUUUGUCAAGUAAAAAUAUAAGAAAAAUAAGAAAUGUUGCAAAAUUUACUUCAUGUGCUAUGAAAUUAAGAGCAGAAUUUCUUGCAAAUAUGGCUGCUCCUUAAAAUAUCUGUUUAAAAUACUUUCAAGUUAUAGAAAUAUUGUUAAAAUAAUCGUUUGAUGUAUAUAUGUUUUUGUAUGUUAUAUUUACAUGUAUAUUGUAUAUAUUUCUGUUGUCUUGGCCAUCAUGAAUGUUAUUGUAAAUGGCCAAAGGCAUUUUCUCAUGCCGAGUUAGCCAAAAUAAACUGUAAUAAA